CCCGGCCCCCGCGCGCCCCCGCUCCGGGCGCAGCCCCGCGGCCCGCGCGCUCCCGGGCCGGGGAUGUUGUGAUGGAGAAGCCGCCGCGGAGCCCCAGUCCCGCAGCCUGAGCCGCCUCCGCCACCCGGGCCUGGGGCCUCCCCGCGCAGGACCUGCCAAGGCCAUGUCUGUUCCAUCCUCGCUGAGCCAGUCGGCCAUUAACGCCAACAGCCACGGAGGCCCCGCCCUGAGCCUGCCCCUGCCCCUGCCCCUGCACGCUGCCCACAACCAGCUGCUCAACGCCAAGCUGCAGGGCACUGCUGUGGGACCCAAAGACCUGCGCAGCGCCAUGGGGGAGGGCGGCGGGCCUGAGCCCGGCCCGGCCAAUGCCAAGUGGCUCAAGGAGGGCCAGAACCAGCUCCGGCGGGCUGCCACGGCCCACCGUGACCAGAACCGAAACGUGACCUUGACCCUGGCCGAGGAGGCCGGCCAGGAGCCCGACACGGCACCCUUGGGCCCCAAAGGCCUGCUGCACCUGUACUCUGAGCUGGAGCUCUCCGCCCACAAUGCGGCCAACCGGGGGCUCCGGGGACCCGACCUGAUCAUCAGCUCCCAAGACCAGGGGCCGGACGAGGGAGAGGAGAAGGCCUCGGGGGAAGCAGAGGAGGAGGAGGAGGAUGAGGAAGAGGACGAGGAGGAGGAGGAGGAGGAGGAGGAGGACUUGUCUUCUCCCCCGGGGCUGCCCGAGCCCCUGGAGAGUGCGGAGGAGCCUCCUGCAUCCCAGGCCCUGGCAGACGGCCCCCGAGAGCACAGCAAGAGCGCCAGCCUCCUGUUCGGCAUGCGGAACAGCGCGGCCAGCGACGAGGACUCCAGCUGGGCUACCUUAUCCCAGGGCAGCCCCUCCUACGGCUCCCCGGAGGACGCAGAUUCCUUCUGGAACCCCAACGCCUUCGAGACGGAUUCCGACCUGCCGGCUGGAUGGAUGAGAGUUCAGGACACCUCAGGGACCUACUACUGGCACAUCCCGACGGGGACCACACAGUGGGAGCCCCCGGGCCGGGCCUCCCCCUCCCAGGGGAGCAGCCCCCGAGAGGAGUCCCAGCUCACCUGGACAGGCUUUGCCCACGGAGAAGGCUUUGAGGAUGGAGAGUUUUGGAAGGACGAACCCAGUGAGGAGGCCCCCAUGGAUCUGGGAUUGAAGGACCCCGUGGAGGGGCCCCUGCCCUUCCCGGCUCAGAGCCUUAGCCCGGAGCCAUUGCCCCCGGAGGAGGAGAAGCUGCCCCAAAGGAAUGCCAACCCAGGGACCAAGUGCUUCGCCGUGCGCUCCCUCGGCUGGGUGGAGAUGACCGAGGAGGAGCUGGCCCCGGGACGCAGCAGCGUGGCUGUCAACAAUUGCAUCCGGCAGCUCUGCUACCACAAAAACAACCUGCACGACCCCAUGGCUGGGGGCUGGGGGGAGGGAAAGGACCUGCUGCUGCAGCUGGAGGAGGAGACGCUGAAGCUGGUGGAGCCGCAGAGCCAGGCCCUGCUGCACGCCCAGCCCAUCGUCAGCAUUCGCGUGUGGGGCGUCGGGCGGGACAGCGGAAGAGAGAGGGACUUCGCCUACGUGGCUCGGGACAAGCUGACCCAGAUGCUCAAGUGCCACGUGUUUCGCUGUGAGGCCCCCGCCAAGAACAUCGCCACCAGCCUGCAUGAGAUCUGCUCUAAGAUCAUGGCGGAACGGCGCAAUGCCCGCUGCUUGGUCAAUGGGCUCUCUCUGGACCACUCUAAACUUGUGGAUGUCCCCUUCCAAGUGGAAUUCCCAGCCCCGAAGAACGAGCUGGUACAGAAGUUCCAAGUCUACUACCUGGGGAACGUGCCUGUUGCGAAGCCUGUCGGGGUAGAUGUAAUAAACGGGGCCCUGGAGUCCGUCCUGUCCUCCAGCAGCCGGGAGCAGUGGACCCCAAGUCACGUCAGCGUGGCCCCUGCCACCCUCACCAUCUUGCAUCAGCAGACGGAGGCAGUGCUGGGAGAGUGCCGGGUGCGCUUCCUCUCCUUCCUGGCGGUGGGCAGAGAUGUCCACACGUUCGCUUUCAUCAUGGCUGCCGGCCCAGCCUCCUUCUGCUGCCACAUGUUCUGGUGCGAGCCCAAUGCGGCCAGCCUCUCCGAAGCGGUGCAGGCCGCGUGCAUGCUCCGCUACCAGAAGUGUCUGGAUGCCCGCUCCCAGGCCUCCACCUCCUGCCUCCCCGCACCCCCGGCGGAGUCCGUCGCCCGGCGUGUAGGGUGGACUGUCCGCAGGGGCGUCCAGUCGCUGUGGGGCUCCCUCAAGCCCAAACGCCUGGGGGCCCACACCCCCUGAAGCCCUCAGUUCUCCCUCCGCCUGCUUGCAUUCGGCCCCAGGGAACUCAAGGGGACGGGGCUGGGAGGGGCCCUGGAGGCUAUUCUUUGGCCUCAGCCCCACACCCCUCCCAAACAGCCCCUUCUCUGUAGCUGGGUUCCCGGCCAAGGGGUUGGGGAGGGAGACCUCUGAUCCCUUCACGGAAGUGACAACACUGGAUGAUAAGAGGAACAGGAAGCAGCAAAGCCAGCCCCGUCUUCUCCAUCCCCACAUUUCAGGUGGAGCGGGAGGAAUGCCAAGCCGGGCCCCACCUUUGUGGGGUCCCGCGGGGGCUGAAGUAGGGGGCCAGUCCAGACACGGGCCCCUCCCCCCUGCUCCAUGGCACCUCUGCUGUACUGAUAUCACUAAUAAAGUCUGUCUGCCCUGC